AUGGGUUCCUACUCCGACAAUUAUGACUUUAUCGUGGUUGGUGGAGGUAACAGUGGCGCAGUUGUCGCCUCGAGAAUCGCAAAUUCGGAAAGCCAUCCGACUGUUUUGCUGAUUGAGGCAGGAGGAGAGAACAAGAGCGACGAACUGUACGUUCCAAGUGACAGAUUCAAGAGCGUCUAUCGCCAUCCCGAGAUUCGAGUUGAGUAUAAAACGACACCCCAGAAACACCUUGGCGGUCGAGUCUUGGAUUACCUUCGUGGGAAAGGUCUUGGAGGCUCCAGUGUUGCAAACUUUAUGGGCUACAUUCGGGGAUCCGCUUCAGAUUAUAACACAUGGGCUGAGAUUGUUGGUGAUGAAGCUUACAAGUGGGGAAACGUUCUUCAGCGUUAUAAAGAGAUCGAAAACCUUUCUUUCGAGGAUGACAAUGAUGAAAAUCAAUGGGUGAAGCUGGAUGAGACUGCACACAGUCAUGACGGACCCCUUGGUUUAGAACUUUUCGCCCGAAAACAAUGGCCACUAGGGGGAGACCUAUUGAUGCGAGCUUCUCUGAACUUUGGUUGGCCUCUCAACCGAGAUCAGAAUUCUGGAGAUCCAGUCGGAGUCGGAGUCGUGACUACAACAACAUACAAAGGGUCCAGGACCACAAGUUCGACUGCAUUCCUGAAUGCUCGGCCUUCCAACCUGACCAUUUGGACAAACGCAGUAGCACGAAGAAUUAUACUGGAAACAAGUCCUGGAGAGAGCAUGCCGCAUGCAGCAGGGAUUAUCUUGGCUAACGGACAAGAAAUCCGGGCGAGAAAGGAGACUAUAUUGUCCGUAGGAAGUAUCGAUACACCGAAGAUUCUCCUGCUCAGCGGUAUCGGCCCCGAAGAAGAGCUUCAGGCUCUAGGCAUUCCAUGUCUGGUCAAUAGCCCGAGGGUAGGGAAAGAUCUUAUUGACCACAAUUAUAUUGCGAUGCGAUGGGGCUGCUCAUCCGACCUAUCAGAUCGUAUUGCUUUUCAAAGCAACCAUGAAGGAGUACUGGCUUCCCGGAAACAGUGGUUACAAGAUCACACCGGCCAUGAUGCGGUUCGAAGCCUUGGCAAUCUAGCUGGAUUUCUAAAGCUUGACCCUGAACGAUACUCCAAGGAAGAGCUGGAGAAGCUUGAACCGACAGCUCAAAGGUGGAUCAACCAAGCAGAUACCCCCCAGUUUGAAGUGUUCCUAGCAGGCGAUGUUCCUAGUGUCUGGGAUAAAACACAUGGGGAGGACGCGAUUGGAAUAUGUGUAAUGCUGAUGAAUCCCCAGUCACGAGGCAGCGUCACUCUUCAGUCGAAGGAUCCCGCCGCCAUGCCUCUGAUUGAUGUGAAUUUCUUAUCCCAUCCAUACGAUAGGAAAACUUUUGUUGAUGCGACUCGAGAAGUACUGAGAUUUGUGAAGUCCGAGACUCUCUCAAAGCACAUCAGGAGCGACUUCCACACUCCCAAAACAGACAGUGAGGAGGAUGUAUUGGAGUUCAUCAGGCGCGAUGUCAUGUCGGUCUUGCAUCCUGUUGGCACUACGAGGAUGGGCGGGCCGGAAGAUCAAACGGCUCCAGUGGAUUCAGACAUGUGUGUCCGUGGAGUUCGGAAUCUGCGUGUGGUCGACCUCAGCGUUUGCCCAAUCAUAACCAGGUAUGCCUCCUUCGAACUGUCUAGGGCGUAUGAACUAACAACGCAAAGUAACCAUACCCAGUCAACAGCAUAUCUGGUAGGCCAAAUAGGAUGGAAGAAGAUUGCUGAGACAUAUGGACUGUAG